UUAUCAAGCCAUCGAAAUGCGCAAAUGCCUGGUGGUCCCAAUCCCAAUCAAAUGGGUCCGGGUGGCCCUGUGGCUGCAUCCAACUUGCUACAAACUCUUAACCAACAAAGACCGGGACAGCAGAUGCAGCAAUUGCAGAGCAUACGUGGACAAAUGCCAAUGGCUGCUGGUCCAAACCAACAAAUGAUGCAACAAAUGGGUGGAGAAAUGCAAAUGAAUGUUAUUGGGGGCGGUGGUAGUAUAGGUAACACAGGUGCAGGACAACAGCCGCAUAUGGUUGGUAAUGCGCAGCAAAUGGGUGGGAUGUCGGGUCACAUGAAUCAAAUUAGCAGUUCUGGUGGCCCUGGUGGGUCUCUCCAACAAAUGCAGUUAGGUCCAGGGCAGAUCCCGGGAGGGCCAAUGAACGUGAAUGCUAUGAAUGUACAGCAGAUUCAACAAAUGGGUCAACAGCAAAUGGCGCAAAUCAGCAUGAACCAUCAGCAAUUAAAUCAAAUGAUGAACGCACGUUUGAACGCUGCUGGUCCUAUGGGUACAAAUGCUGGUGCAGGAGCGCAAAUAUCAGUACCGAAAAGUAACUCCAAACUAGGACGAUAUGUUUGCAUUGGGCCGAAAAUAUGGCGUACGUGUGAGAAAUCGUCUCAAUACGAAUGCGAAGUUCCUCAUCUACUUCAAGGCGAAGUAGCACGAUUAGAUCAAAAGUUUAAACUUAUGCUUGACAGCACAGCUCAAAAUAAUCCAAAAUCUAUAAAAGUGAUUUGUUGUCUCGAUAACAAACGUUUACCAUGCGUACCACCAAUUACUGUAACUAUUCCAGAGGAAUACCCGUCAGUAUCGCCAUCUUGUGCAUUGGCUCAGCAAGAAUAUGGUACCACUCCGUUUUUAAAAGCUGUGCAGGCUGCAUUUAAAGCACGAAUUGCAAAAUUGCCAAGAUUGUAUUCGUUGUCACAUUUGUUGGAUACUUGGGCUUGAUGUUGGUGGUGGCUGCAUUGGCGCGUUAUC